CGAAAAUCCUACUCUUAUAAUCCGAUUAAGAAACUCCUUUAUGAAAAAAUACACUCUGUCAAAAAGCUCCACACACUAUUAAACACUCUCUUCAAUGGAAUUUUUGAUUAUCUUCUUCCACUGCCUUCUCCUCACCACAGGAUAUUUGUGUGUCCAAGGUUCAUCCCACCACCGCCACCAGCAUCACUUCCAUGACAGCCAUCAAGUGUAUGGCUUUCGACCCACUAAGCUAUUUGUAUUUGGGGAUUCGUACGCUGAUACUGGGAAUAUAAGGAAGUCUUUUGCAGAUUCUUGGAAAGAACCUUAUGGCAGCACUUUUCCAGGGAAACCUGCCGGCCGUUUCUCGGAUGGCCGUAUCCUCACUGAUUAUCUUGCUAAAUUCUUGGGACUGAAGUCUCCUGUAACCUACACAUGGAUGAAUUUGGGAAAGCAAAAAUGGUUGAAUGGGAUGAACUUUGCGUAUGGAGGGAGUGGUGUGUUCAAUACUCUUGGCGAUUUGUUACCAAAUAUGAGCACCCAGAUUGAUUUCUUUGAGAAACUCAUGAAUGAUUCAGUCUACACCAAAUGGGAUUUACAAUCUUCUGCCGUUCUUGUCAGUCUUACUGGAAAUGAUUAUGGUACUUAUUUAGCCAAUGGUGGCGCUUUCCAGGGUUUGGCAAGUUUCAUUUCUAAGGUAAUCAAUCAACUCGAGGCGAACUUAAAAAGGGUUCGCAGAUUGGGAGCAAGAAAAAUAGUUGUGACAUCGUUGCCACCAUUGGGAUGUCUCCCACGAAGCACAGAGACAUCUUCAUUCCAAAAAUGCAAUAUAACUGAAAAUAUAGCCGUGAGUUAUCACAAUCUCCUAUUGCAGCAGGCUGUGGCAAAGUUGAACAAUAAAACUGGAAAUUCUACAAUUUCCAUUGUUGAUCUCUUCAGAUCUUUCACAACUGUAAUCGAGCAGAGACAAGACUAUUUAGGAAAUUUGAAAUUUGAGACUCCAUUGAAGCCGUGUUGUAUAGGCAAGAGCGAUGGAUACUUCUGUGGAAGUGUAGACGAUAAAGGAGCCAAAAUGUACACCUUGUGCCAUGAUCCAAAAUCCGUGUUCUUCUGGGACAGCUCACAUCCCACAGAGGCCGGAUGGCAAGCAAUGUUUACGACAUUGAAGCCUAGUUUCGAUCGAAUUCUCAAAUAUCAGUAGACUAUAAUAUUAGCUACCCUUUGAAAUUUUACGAGGAUUUUUCAAUUUUAGUUUAUCUUGAGUAGUGUGAAAUGUGUUUUGCUGGUAUUCAACUUCUUGUUACUUCAAAUGUCAUACAAUGGUAGCAUUCUUGUCAUGACAGCAGAGAAAAUAAUGGUAUCAGGAUCUUUUGUAGACUUUAA